CACCAGCUAUACCCCAGUCUCCCAUCCCAGUUCUUCGUCACCAUGUCCUUUGGAGCCACCGUUACUCUCUCACCCCAUGCCGGAACCUUUCCCUUCUCCGCCAAGCAGCUCUUGAUCAUCGAGUCCAAACCAAUAACCCUCGGCGCCGCCAGCUCUAGCCUCUCUCUAAACGACACCGAAUCCAGACGACCUCUGCCUUCCAAUGGCUGGUUCAAAUCUCUCCAGCCAAAGGAUGACACCACGGUAGACAUCCUCCCACUAUCCCUGAGCGAACGACACGCCCAGCUACGCUCAGACGGCAAGAAGGUAUACAUCCGCGACCUCGACACACCCUUUGGAACCUUCUUGAAUGGCACGCGCCUAACCCAGGAGGUAGAAUUAAAAUCCGGAGAUGUGAUUGCUCUCGGAUCUCCAAUCCCUCGAAGUUCCAAAACGCCAAAGAACAUUACAGAUGAUCACCUCAAGUGUGUGAUGGCUCAGGUUACGAUCUCUUACUAGACCCUUCCGUGUACACAUACCAUUGGCCUUUCUUUCCCCUCUUAGACCUCCUUCAAUCGGGUUUCAUUCCAUGCCUUUCACGUCCGAUACAUAUCUGCAAUAAAUUAACCUAGAUAGUACAUACACAACGGACAUUACCCAGACUGUAUUCACUGUAUACUAUACACAUCGCGUUCGGCCGGCC